CUCUCUCUUGCCUAAUGCAAUUUUUUUGCCCAUCGUCCACUAUGUGCCGGACAUCUAAUUUGAAACGAUUGCUACGUGGCCAAACAAGGCUGAAAUUUCCAUCAAUUUUGUUGAGCGACUGAAAAGUGCAUAAUAUCACGAAAUGGAGAUGCACGACGGAUUUAACUGACAAGAAUCUAAAGCAGAAGGAUUAACCUAAAUCCGGAAAUUUGCAAAAGACUGACCAGUCAUAUUCAACUUUUAUCAUAUACUAUGUCUCAUCUGCUCCUGUCUCCAAGUCUUGCUUCAUUAUCAAGAAGUAUAUCAUUUAGACAUGGAUACAGACAAAUCCAUCAUACCUGCAAAAUUCUGGUGGUUGGAGGUGGUACUGCUGGCUGCUCCAUGGCAGCAAAAUUAUCAAGGAAACUCAAUGAUCCAAAGGAAAACCUCAUUGUGCUAGAACCUAGCGAUGUGCAUUAUUAUCAACCUUUGUUUACUUUGGUUGGAGGUGGCAUUAGUUCUUUCAAAUCAUCAAGGAGAUAUAUGAAAGAUGUUCUUCCAAAAAAUGCAAAAUGGUUAAAAACGUCUGUUGUUGGAUUUCAGCCAGAUGUUAACAAAGUAUUAACACAUAAUGGAGAUACUAUACAAUAUGACAUCAUGAUUGUUGCAAUAGGAUUGGAAUUAUAUUGGGAUAAAAUUCCAGGCUUGGUUGAAGGCUUGCGUGAUUCUGAAUCGCAAGUUUGUUCUAUUUAUGGGCCUGAUACUGUUCCUCAAGUUUAUUGGAAAAUUAAAAAGACAGGACCAGGAACUGCAGUAUUCACAUUUCCAAAUUCACCAGUUAAAUGUCCAGGCGCACCGCAAAAAAUCGCUUAUAUUGCAGAGGACUAUUUUCGCAAACACAAUCUACGAAAUAACAUUAGCGUGGUAUACAACACUGCAUUGCCUGUUAUAUUUGGAGUUAAGAAAUACGCUGAUUCGCUCUGGAAUGUUUGCAAGGAGAGAGACAUUACAGUUAAUCUUCAAACAAAUCUGGUAAAAAUAGAUCUGAGUAAAAGGCAAGCUACAUUUGAGAAACUGAACUCACCAGGAGAAACAUUUGUACAAGAGUAUUCUCUCCUCCAUGUGACACCUCCAAUGGGACCCCCUGCAGUUCUAAAGAAACAUCUGGAAUUAACUAAUGAAGCUGGAUUUCUCUCUGUGGAUCCUAAAACAUUGCGACAUACAAGGUAUCCAAAUAUAUUUGGCAUAGGUGAUUGCACAAACACUCCGAAUUCUAAAACAAUGGCUGCAAUAGCUGCUCAAGGAAAAGUAUUGUAUCAGAAUAUCUUGGAUGAUUUGGCUGGUAAACCAGUGACAAUGGUCUAUGAUGGUUACGCAUCAUGUCCAUUAGUUACCGGUUAUGGUAAAUGCAUUCUGGCAGAAUUCGAUUACAACUUGCAGCCGAAAGAGACCUUUCCAGUGAAUCAAGGCAAAGAAUUUUAUUUUACUUAUUUGCUGAAGACACACCUCUUCCCAUUUAUAUAUUGGCAUUUGAUGUUGAGGGGUCACUGGAAUGGACCAGAAUUCUUCCGUAAGCUCACCAAGUCUUUAAAAAAAGAUUAGUGCUUGAAAGGAAUUGAAGAAAAAUAUAUCUAGCAUAUUUUUUUACAAUUGGAUGAAGUGAUAUGACCAUGACUAAUUAUUAAUUAAUUUGAUGUACAUAUAUGUAGAAAAUUUAUCUAUUUAUAUCUCGUGAUAUAAUC